AGGUUACCCUACUCCCAUCUUCCCCUGAACAUAAUGCAUAAUGCACCCGGAUAAUGAAUGUAUACAAUGUGUAUUUCCAGUCAGGGACAGCCGAAAUGAGGGCGCGCGAUCAGGUGGAACCAGGGACCAGGAGAAUUCCAGAGUGGACCAGGGACCAGGAGGAUUCCAGAGUGGACCAGGGACCAGGAGAACGUGAGCGGAGGAUCUUGAUUCUGCCCCAGGGGAAGGAGGUGGUAGGUAGCGAAGGGGGAGAUUUCAAGGAGGCGGCAAGGAUGGGGGCCGAUGUUGGCAGUUUCGCAGAGGACACGAGGGACAAAUUGAAUGCGGAGAGUGUCUGGAUGUGCAUGAUUGCUCGGUUCCCAUGGGUCUCUGUCGGUGAUCUUGGGCGCCAUCUUCCGUUGAUCACAUGGGGAUUGCCGAUCCUCACAGUGCUGGUCUGUGUCUUGACUGCCAGUUUGCUUUCUUGGCUAGUGGCUAAGUCGAUCAUUGUUGGGGCGAAGGACCGCUAUGGAUGCAAACUGCGUCUGGCCCCCGGGCCUGCUCCAUGGCCAAUCGUAGGCAGCCUGCUUCAGCUGCAAAGGCACCCCCAUAGAGGCCUGGCCAAGAUGGCAGAGCAGUAUGGAGAGCUGAUGACCGUUCACAUGGGCGCGACCCCUACGCUGGUGGUGUCGAGCCCGGCCGCAGCAAAAGAGGUCCUGCUCACUCAGGGAACCACUUUCGCCUCGCGACCGCUGCCGCCAACGGCCGAUGCAUGGUCAUAUGGUGGUCGAGACCUCGGCUUCGCGCCAUACGGUCCUCUGUGGCGGAAGCAAAGGAAGAUUGCCACCGUGCAGUUGCUCUCCCCAAGGAGGAUGGCGCAGGUGGAUGCAAUCCGACGGAAGCUCACCAAUUUCCUAGAGGAGGAGCUGUUGAGGAAAGGCCAAGGAGGAGCACACAAGCAGGAAGGAAGAAAUAUGGGAGCAAAGGAGGAGGUCCAGGAGGGGAAUGAUCUCUCACCUGCCGCACCCCCCCUCCCGACAGAAAAAACCUCGUCUGUGCCCGAAUUGAAUCCGUCCGCCGCCGUGCACGGCGGUGCAACAGCCAACGUCGAGAUGAGCCACAACCACAGGCAGGUAGCGGAACGUCGAAUCUGCCAUCCUGCUGGGAAUGAGCGGGGUCCCAGUGGAUCAGCAGGCACCAUGGAUGGGCUGCAGCCAGUCCACUUGCGAGAAAACCUGUUCCACUUCGCCCUGGACACAUUGACCUAUGUCAUAUUCGGCUCUCCUGUGUCGCCUGCCAUGCAGCAUCACAUGGCAAAAGCCAUUGCUACCAGCGGCUGUUCAACGUCAACGAUGAGGAUGCCGACGAGAGCGCAGGAGCCUGAGGAUGGUCUUGAAGAUGAUGCAACUAGGAGAAUGAGCAAAGAAACGUCGCUUCAGACUACGAAGGGAGGCGAUGAUAUUGACGAGGACCAAAUGGCGAAAAGAUUUUAUGAUGUGGUGUUGGCAACGACGAAGGCGGUGGGGAUGGCACAGGUACCGGACUUUGUCCCGAGUAUGAGGCUCUUCUACAGGGGUUAUCUCCAGUAUGUGCGAGGGGUGUCAAAUAAAUUCCGCGCCUUGACCCUGGAGCUCAUUGAAAAGCGGCGCAAAUUCCAACGGAAUGUCGCUGGCGACAGCGGAAGCAGUUGCACAAAGCUCGAUCACCACCAAGCAGCGUUGAGAGCAGCUGGACUCAUUAAUCCAGAUGCAAUGGUGGACGUGGUCUUCAAUAACCUGUCUCCUCCGGGAACUAGCACGCCCAAGAACUUGGCGGCUUCUACAAUGAAGGAGGAUGAUGUGGCGUACGGCGAGACGGAGGCCUGCCUACUGUUAAUGGACCUCGUGUCAGGUGGCACCGACACAACGACCUCUACAACUGUUUUUCUUCUGAUGGAAUUGCUGCGCCAUCCGGAGAAGAUGGCACUGCUGAAGGCGGAGCUAGAUGAGGCCAUAGGAAAGCACGAGGUUCCAUCGCAGAAUGAUCUGGAGAAUCUUCCUUACCUCAAUGCCGUUCUGUAUGAGACGCUGCGUCUGCACAGUAUUGCUCCCACGCUCAUUCCCCAUCAAGCUAUGAAAGACGCCGUAGUGUUUGGAUAUGACGUGCCGGUAGGCACUUCGGUCAUCGUCAAUGCCUGGGCUAUUAUGCACGACCCUAAGGUGUGGUUGGAGCCAUGGGAGUUCCGGCCCGAGCGGUUCAUUCGAGACGGACUGCUGGCCGACGACAUGCAUCCUGAUGGAAAGAACUUUGAGUUCUUGCCGUUUGGAUCAGGAAGAAGAAUGUGUCCCGGAAUUCGGCUCGCACUGACCACUGUGCGAUUUGUUGUGUCCAGGUUGCUGCAGCGAUUCGAUGUUAUGUUGCCACAUGGCAUUAAGCCAGAAGACCUAGACCUUUCUGAGCAGGACGGACUCGUUUUGUUCCCGGAAAACCCUGUGCCGGUAAUCUUUCGUCCGAGAUCAAUGGGGUAAUAGGGUAGGGUGGGGUAGACUUGAUUCGUAGCCGGCGGCCUAGGCUAGGGUCCGUAGCAUAGAGUAAGAGCAUGUUCACACCAGGACGUUUUUGGUGGGUGGCAUAAGAGUAAGGCCAUAUUCAACCAUGACUUCUUUGCUUGGCUCUGGACUUGAGCGCACCCGCAUUCAUCAAGGUUGUGCCAUAAUCGCGGGCAGAUACAUUUAGGAAAGUACUAGUUUGAGAGUAUGCCUGAAGACUGGAUCCGGAGAGCUUAUUUGCUUUGAUUCAUAGCUGCACUUUUUCGGCCGACAUUCAUAGGGUCGGUAGGGAUAGGUUAAGGGCAGACUCACACUAGGACUUUUUCUGCUCAGCUCUAGACGUUAUUGUGGUCACAUUCAUACAGGUUGGGCCGUGAUUGCGGGCAGGUACGUUUAGGAAAGUACUAGUGUGAGUAUGCCCUAAGAUUGAUUCGCAGAGUUUUUUGGCUUUGAGUCCUUGAGGCUUGAGGUGAUCCGUAUCGGCAGUUCUUCGGUGGACAUCCAUGAUAGGGUCGGUACGGAUAGGGUUAGAGGUUAAGGAAAGUACUAGUUUGAGUAUGCCCUAGGAUUGGAUUCGCAGAGCUUCUUUGUGUUUACUCUUUGAGGUGACGUGGAUGAUGGUACGGUGAGUGUACUGUAAGGCGGUGCCACUGGCUGAUAGUGCACCUUAGACUGCCUCCGAAUUGGUGCCGGCAUGCCCUCUUCUCCCCAAUAGAAAGUACGGUCAUAUGCUCUUCUGAGGAAGAUGAGUGGCACUGGCUCAGGGGAUGGUGUUUAAAAAUCUUGAGUGAUUGUGGGCACAUUCACACUUAGGGUAUGAUCCCACCACUACACUACAGCCCAGGUACAGUGUAGUUUUGAGAUCCCACGACUUUCAGUUGUUGUCGCGGCCGCCGAAAUGUUUUGCAUGUGUUUCGUUUGGGUGUGUCAUGGCAGCAUGCCCACGAAUGGCGCGAACAGUUACUACGACUUUCAUGUAGACUGCGAGGGCUUCACGGCCUCGAAAAAGAGGGAGCACUUUUUCUUUUUUUUUUCCAUAUUUUUCGCUUGUCCGUUUGUAGAGGUUGGGAUGUCCACUGGGGCAACGCGUGCCACAAAACCAUCCACCUUGAACUGGCGCCCAUAAAGAGGCGCCGCAGGUCCAGGAGGACCACCAAAUAACUCUGCGCUGUGGGUCCCCGCCAUGGUCGCUGACGUCUUCGUAGUACUUUUUCACCACUACAUUGGCAGUGUAGUGGUGGGAUCAGACCCUUAGUCUAGCACAUUUUCAACUGUGCCCUCUCUCUGGACGUAAUUACAGUCAGAUGCACCCGCGUCUACGCGCAGUUCUAGUCAGAUACAUUUACUAGAGACUAAGGGACAUGCGUCCAGUGUGAGCAUGGGCCUGAUUUGGUCAUAAGAAAGGGGUAGUAGGGACAUCAGUUUGAACCACAAACAGUAUAUUUAGCUGUGUAUAGAAGCUUCACGUUCUCUACUGUUGUGGUUCAAAUGUUUGUGCGAAACUGAGGCCGUCGCGCUUAGGAGAAAAAAAAAGAAAAGAAGAGAAUGCCUGCGGCACUCUUGGUGUCAACCAACUGAGAUAGUUGGCUUGCUCCCCGUGUUUGGUAUUAGUAAUAAACACUGCUGUUACUC